AUUAAUUGUUUCCUCCCCCCGUUCUCGCAGCCACCGCGCCUCCGCCCAUUUCACCCACCACGAUGUCUUCAAUUGCUGCUAUGGCCUCUCGCCGGGCCUUUGCCCGCCAGGCUCUUUUCCGCGCUCCCGUGCGCCGCGCCUACAGCUCGAAGAUGGAGGAAUCAACCCUCGACAAGGCUCCCAAGCGUGAUCCCGAGCUCUACGUCCUGCUCGGUGUCAUGUCUGGUGCUUUCCUGAUUGCCGGCUGGUACUUUGGCAAGAAGCCCACCUCCGUCACAUCCGAGAGCAACGUCCGUAUUCCCGACAGCUCUAUGCCCUGGGAGCGUGACGACGACGGCAAGAUCUACAAGUACCAGUACCACCCCGGUGGUGACAAGAGCCAGCCUCUCAGGAACGCUCCCAGUGCUCUGAACACUGUCAUCGUUCCUAACGUUACUCUGCCUGUGGAUCUCCACGAGCGCUUCAACAAGUACGGCAAGGAAGAGUAUGACUUUUAGAUAGUGUCAGUGUAUUUGAGCUGGAUAUGACUCAAUGUUGAUUGCUGUACAUUAAGAUUGCUGUGAAGACUAGUUCCGGGGGAUUGCGACUCUCUGAUCAAGAGUGUGUGCAUAGUUAGUUUUGUGAUUCAAAUGGAGCUGUCCUUUGUUACUUUAUACCAGCAAUUAUACCAGCAAUUAGGG